CUCAACCACACUACAAUUAAACACACGAACGCACUAGCUAUAAUUCCCUCCAAUCCCUCUCUCCCUUUGUGCUUUUCUAGUUCUCUCCAAAAACAUGAUGAGUUGCCAAGCAUGGCCAGAACCAGUGGUUCGAGUCCAAUCCUUAGCUGAAAGUGGCCUAAGCUCAAUCCCUUCACGUUACAUUAGGCCACACUCCCAAAGACCCUCUAACACCACUAGUCUUGCCCCCCACAAACCCUCUCAGGCUGAUUAUGAUCAUGAUCAUGGUCAUAACCAUGACCAUGAUCAUGAUCAUAUCAACAUCCCCGUCGUUGACUUUGAGCACCUCUUCAGUGAGGAUUAUAUCCUCCGUGAAGAGGUGUUCCGACGCGUGGACGAGGCAUGUCAGGAGUGGGGGUUCUUUCAAGUGGUUAACCACGGGGUUAGCCACGAGUUGAUGAAGAGUGCGAGGGAGCUGUGGCGUGAGUUCUUCAACCAGCCACUUGAGGUGAAGGAGGAGUAUGCUAACUCCCCCACCACUUAUGAGGGUUAUGGAAGUCGCUUGGGAGUGCAUAAAGGUGCCACUUUGGAUUGGAGUGACUACUUCUUUCUCCAUUACAUGCCUCCCUCACUUAGGAACCAAGCUAAGUGGCCUACAUUUCCACCAUCUCUCAGGAAAGUUAUUGCUGAAUAUAGUGAAGGAGUGGUUAAGCUAGGAGGAAGGGUACUCAAUGUGAUGUCAACAAACCUUGGUUUGAAAGAAGAUUUCCUUCUUAAUGCAUUUGGGGGAGAAAGUGAGCUUGGUGCAUGCCUAAGGGUGAAUUUUUACCCUAAGUGCCCACAACCUGACCUCACUUUGGGACUCUCCCCUCACUCAGACCCUGGUGGCAUGACCAUCCUUCUCCCUGAUGACUUUGUCUCUGGCCUUCAAGUACGCAAAGGAGAUGAAUGGAUCACAGUUAAGCCUGUCCCAAAUGCCUUCAUCAUCAACAUUGGUGACCAAAUUCAGGUGCUGAGCAAUGCAAUAUACAAGAGUGUAGAACACAGGGUGAUUGUGAACUCAAACCAAGAUCGUGUUUCCCUGGCCAUGUUCUACAACCCGAGGAGUGAUUUACUGAUUGAACCAGCCAAGGAGCUUGUGACAAAGGAAAAGCCAGCUUUGUACUCACCAAUGACAUAUGAUGAAUACAGACUCUACAUUAGGCUUAAUGGACCUUGUGGAAAGGCCCAAGUUGAAUCACUGGCUUCCCAAACGUGAUUCCAAUAGUGUCAAUCAGGACAAGACAGUGUUUGCAUCUAAAUAAUUGGACAUGUUGCUUUCUAGUGGAUGGUUAUAUCUAUAUAUAUAUAUAUAUAUGUAUGUAUAAUGUAGAUGAAGCUUUAUCAUGUUUUUAUUUUGGGGUGCAAUAGUUGAAAAUGAAAAGAAGACGUUGAAUCACGUGUUGAAAUUAUCCUUUCAUGUGUCUGGAUAUCGCAAAGUGAGUAAUUGCCUUGGUCAAUUGAGGAAAGAAUUGAAUAAUGGUAAGUGAUAGGGACGAUUUGAGCAUAUAUACCUUUAUCCCACGUUGGCCUAGUGUGGAAUGCUGACUAUGGUUUGUGAAGGAAAAAGAUAGCACCAUGAUGGGACAUGAUUUCCCCAACACACACCAUCUAAUUCAGUUGACAAUUUCCAAUAUUCAUGCGUGUUUCGACCGGAGGACCUUAUUAUAGUCAUUAAUUAAUUUAGUCACGUUGUAAAUUGGCCUCCAGAUAAGAGUUAGUGCUAGUUUGGUUCA